AUGAAUAGCCUGGUACGUGGGGACCACGUGCGGGUAGUCAAAUUUCUGACGUUGCUCAUCAUUGCUAUUGGAAUCGCAUGUUGUCUUGCCCUGUUGAGAUGGCUGCUGUUCGAGGCCCCAUGGGAGGCUACAGGAUUUCUUGUGCUCUAUGGUGUACCGGUCAUUUACUUGCUCGUAAGGAAGCGUCAAGAGGAGACGCAGCAGCAGCCUUCCGACCCGACUUCGGUGGAACCUUUGGAA